AACAUAAUGAAUACACUGUGCAUUAAUAUGAGUUCUGAAACCAUUUACUGGCAUUCAACUGGCAAAUCAGAUAAACAAAAACAACUCAUCAAGACGGAUGCAGUCUUCCAUGUGGGCUGCACUGCAGAGCAAGAUAUGAGUAGAAAGGGAAGAGCUAUUUCCAAAUUAUGGUUAUUAAAAGCAUGAACACAUCCAUUUUAUCCAGACAGUCUUCAAUACUUACGAGAGUUUGAGAGUAUGUGGUUCACGUUUAUUCUACUUCAGCUUCUGCCUCAGCUCACACUCAGUGCUCGCUGUCCCAGCGGAUGCGUUUGUGAUGUUAGGGGUUCCGCAAAAUGCAUUGGGGGCAUCACCGACGUACCCCCUCUCGACCCAAACACAACAUUUCUACUCUUGCUGAACAACACAAACAUAAAGGUUCUCAAAGACCAAAGUUUUCAGUCGCUCUCUCUUCUGCUACGAUUAAUGAUCACGCAUAGCACUCUUGACACCAUUCAACCAGAAGCCUUCCAUGGUGCUCCACAGCUCCUGUCUAUCAAAAUGUCAUCAAACGCACUCACGGUCAUCCCACCCAAUGUAUUUAGUGAGCAGAGCAUUUUGGAGCAACUGCAUUUAGAUGGUAACAAUAUAGUUUCCAUUACUUCAGACCUCUUCAAGGGGUUGGUCAACCUAACCGAGCUAGAUCUGAGCAAGAACCGCAUUUCCCAGCUGAAUGCUGACGUCUUCCAGAACUUGACUAAGCUGAAUUACCUAAACUUAGGUAGUAACCAACUGAGGAGCCUCCCAAACACACUUUUUCACAACCUAAGGCAACUCAAAUCUCUGGUACUCUCGUUCAACCAGCUGGAGACUCUGGAAAGUGGUUCCUUUGACCAUCUAAGCAACCUGUUGUUGUUAAUGCUACAGAAGAACCAGAUCCGAGAGGUUCCUCCGCGUCUUUUCUGGCACUUGCCAUCCCUGCUCACCCUCUCAAUGUCAGGCAACCAACUCAGGUAUAUUCCAGCCAAAAGUUUCUACUACUUACCCAACCUAACCAAGCUCACCCUCUUCAAGAACCCCUUGAUCUCCCUACCUGACCAGCUGAUGGGCAACAUGCCGAGGCUCCAAGAAUUGUACCUUUACGAAACUAAUCUUGUCACUGUCCCUUGGAACCUUUUUGCUAACAUGACCAACCUAAGGUUUCUCAAUUUACACUUUAACGACAAUUUGACCUCCCUACCAAUGGACCUCUUCUGUUGCCUGCCCAACCUGAAGAAACUGUCCCUGAGAUACAACAACCUUCGGGCGCUGGAUCCGGAGCUCUUCUCGAAAUUGACUAGUCUUCAAAUUCUAAUGCUUAAUGGUAACAAUCUUGAGUCUCUCCCAGCGACAAUCUUUUGCAAUACCUCCAGACUAGAAACACUGGACCUGAACCAAAACCAUCUAAGGUAUCUCCCCGGAGAUAUUUUUGUACACACAAAGGCGCUGAAUGUGCUCUCUCUUAGUGGCAAUAAAUGGAAGUGUGAUUGUAGUAUUUUGGGUAUUGCAGAAUGGAUUCGCGACAACCCAAGGGUAAUCAAUGACUUGGACAAAGGAGUAGCAUGCUAUGAACCAUACUACUUACAAAACCAUCCGCUGCAAACAUUGACCUAUGAAGAACUCCAAUGUGGUCGGGGUGUUUUCCAGACAACGUUUAUGACUACAAGCAUCAUUCCUACACAGGUUCCUGCAACGUCAACCCCACUAUCAUCUUCGGCUACAAGCACAAAACCAAGAACUACAGCAACUUCAACUGCACCUUCAACUUCAAGCACUUUUGCAACAACUGCCUCUCUAUUUUCUCCUACAGCUGAUCAUGCAUACAUACGACAAGGCAAUGACUACAACGAUGAUCUGGUGUUCUACAAUACAAUUGUCUUGGAAAACGGACCUGAAAUUGUUCACAACAAUCAUUACGGUGGUUGGGUGUACCUGUGGACUGUCCCGUCGACUGGUCCAUACAGUGGUUUCAUGAUGGCUUUGUACAUUGUUCUCUUGGUCAUCGGUGUAGUACUGAUUGUGGCCACCAUGUAUGCUUUGUAUCGACUUCAUAAGGUGGUGUGGGUGUUAGGGAAAGUCACUUUGGGAGACAAUCAGAGAAUAAUGGUGAGAAGAGUACGAAGCUUCAAAGUCAAACUCUAGAGAAAGCUUAAAGGAACACUCCACUUUUUUUGAAAAUAGGCUCAUUUUCCAACUCCCCUAGAGUUAAACAGUUGAGUUUUACCGUUUUCGAAUCCAUUCAGCCGAUCUCCGGGUCUGGCGGUACCACUUUUAGCAUAGCUUAGCAUAGUUCAUUGAAUCUGAUUAGACCGUUAGCAUUUCGUUAAAAAAACCCCAGAGUUUCAAUAUUUUUCCUAUUUAAAACUUGACUCUUCUGUAGUUACAUUGUGUACUAAGACUGACGGAAAACGAAAAGUUACGAUUUUCUAGGCCGAUAUGACUAGGAACUAGAUAUGACGUAAUAUCAUUGCGCCUGCUGCAGCCAUGGUAUGGGAGCAAAGUUCCUUGAUCAUUACGCCGGAAUGACAGUAUAGUUCCUAGUCAUAUCGGCCUAGAAAAUCGCAACUUUUAAUUUUCCAUCGGUCUUAGUACACGAUGUAACUACAGAAGAGUCAAGUUUUAAAUAGGAAAAAUAUUGAAACUCUUUGGUCAUUUUUUAAUGAGAUUCUAAUGGUCUAAUCAGAUUCAAUGAACUAUGCUAACCUAUGCUAAAAGUGGUACCGCCAGACGGAAACGGUAAAACUCAACUGUUUAACUCUAGGGGAGUUGGAAAAUGAGCCUAUUUUCAAAAAAAGUGGAGUGUUCCUUUAAAGUUAUUAUAUAGCAACAUGUUGUGCUUUCUUUGCACAUUAUUAUGCAUACUAAUUCCACUCCAUACAUAUUUAUGGGGAAAACAUUUUUCUAAUUAAAGUUUCAUUACAAAUGAUGUUCAGCACAACAAUUUAUGUGAAAAGUUGAAUUAAUUUCUUGUUUCAAUGAAAAUUAAUCUCAUGGUUUUCAAUAUGGUCUCAGAAUUAUGUACACCCAUAUAUAAUGAUACUUGGUUUUAUGACAGACUAAAAGUUAAACAUGACCAUAAAUGUAUAUUUUUGUAAGAAUUCAUUUAUACAGCCAUUUACAACAAAUCGUUUGUUUCUUUUUAAAUACAUGAGUUUUCCUUUCUGCAGUUUCCACAUUCCAAUGCUUUACAUUCACCAAAAAAUGAUAUGGACACACCCUUGCUAGCUGUUUGCAAAAUUUUAUCUGCAAGACCAAAUAAAAUGUUUCUGUACCUUGA